AUGUCUCAUCUAAGGAACAACCCCAGUGAUGAUAACAGUCAACUCGAUGCAGAGGAUAUAAAGAUGAAAGUAUAUAGAAUUAAUACAUUUAAGUAUCAUCGUCAAUACACUCAUCACCCAAUAGUCAUUGCCAGAGCUGGCUUUUACAAAGUAGAUCAAUCGGUGGUCUGCUUCAAAUGUGAUUUGGAAAUUGAUAUUAGCGAGAUCAACAAAGGUGAAACCGUUGGCAAUGUUCCUGUUUCUAUAGGUAAGAUUUUAAAUACAAUUUUAAACAAAAAAGCAAAUGUUCGUGCUAGUGACAAGAUUUAUGAUGAAGAAGCUAGUAAGACUACUCAAAAAGGCGAUGAAGCUUGUGAAGUGAAUCAAAAUCAGGAAUCCAACACUUGUAUAACAGCAACAGCAAAUAAGUAUGCCUCCUCGAUAAACAGCAAUAACAAGAUACAACUGUCCGAAACGGGUAUUCUAUCGAUACAUGACCAUGUUUAUUGCUUCCAUUGCAAUGUCGGUAUUCGUAACUGGGAGAAGGAUGAUAACCCAUGGGUACAACACGCUAUGGGGAAUCCCGAGUGUCCUUAUAUUCGAAUAAAGAUGGGACAAGCUUUUAUUGAUCAGGUAAAGAAGGUGAAACAGUCACUGUACAAGAAACCUGCUACACGUACCAAAGAUAUUGUAUUGGUAUCAACGUCCAUAUUCAUACAACAUGCCAUAUAUAUCUCAGACUCCAAUGACUAUAUGUUUAAAAGAGAGUAUCACUCCAUAAUGAAAGAAUUUAAUAGCUCAGUACUUAUUCGUAUACUAAAUAUAUGGUUCAAAGAUAUAAACCAUAUCCCUUUGUUUAGAUUAUGGGAUAAGAUCAUUAAUAUAGCUAAAGAGAAAAAUUAUCUAUUAACCAACACUAGAUUUCUUGUGCAAGGUUUGCACAGGAGUUUUUCAAAUUGGCCUCUUCGCAAUUACCAGAGCCCAAAAAUACUAGUAGAAGUUGGAUUCUAUCAUACUGGAAUUAGUGAACAUGUUCAAUGCUUCCAUUGUGGCGUUGGUCUUCGCAACUGGGAAUGGGGCGACGAUCCUUGGGAGCUACACGCUAAAUGGUAUCCUGAUUGUAGUUAUGUCCAUUUGAAAAAGGAAAAAACAUUUAUCAAUAAGGUCAGAGUAGAAGAGUCUUACGUACCAUUAAAAAUUACCUUUAACAUCAGUCAAGAUCAACAUGAUCGAUUGGAAAUAACGAAACAGGAUUGGAAUAAUCUUUUGGGUUUGGAGAACACUAGAAACCUAUUAAUACAAGGGUUUCCUGUCAUUGCCGUCAGAGAUGCGCUGUGUGAUCAAAUUCUUCAAACCGACAUACCGUUUUCCAGUGAAGCCGAAUGUGUUCAGCCGUACGGACAAAAAUCGAAUCGUACAAGAAUAUAG